AUGACCCGUCCUAACUUCCUGAUCAUCGUCGCUGACGACCUCGGAUACAGCGACAUUGGCCCCUUCGGCUCGGAAAUCGACACUCCAGCCCUUGAUUUCCUCGCAAAGACAGGGACUUGUCUCACCAAUUUCCACACAGCGUCGGCUUGCUCGCCUACCCGGUCGAUGCUGUUCUCCGGCACAGACAAUCACAUUGCCGGGCUGGGCCAGAUGGCAGAACAUAUGGGGAACUCGCGCAUCUAUCAGAAUCGCCCGGGGUAUGAAGGAUACUUGAAUUUCCGCGUGGCCGCACUGUCGGAAGUAUUGCAGGACGGGGGAUAUUUCACGACGAUGUCGGGAAAGUGGCAUCUCGGUCUCUCCCAAGACACUUCUCCCAGCGCCCGUGGCUUCGAGAAAAAUCUCUCCUUCUUGCCAGGAUGCGGCAACCACUUCAACUACGAGCCACAACUCGAGCACGCAGCCGACGGCAUCCUCGCGCCCAUGCAGUCGCGCGAUUUCUGGAUGCAAGACGACGCCUUCAUCGAUCGGACCACCGACCUGCCCGAGCCGUUCUACUCAACCACCACCUUCACAGACCGCCUAUUAGACUCGCUCCGAGGACGUGACGAGAGCGACCACAGGCCUUUUUUCGCCUACCCGCCUUUCACGGCACCCCAUUGGCCCUUGCAGGCACCACGCGACAUCAUCGACAAGUAUCGCGGCAAGUAUGAUGCCGGACCGGGUGCUCUUCGACGACAAAGACUGCAGGAACUGGUCCGACUGGGUCGUGUGGAUAAAAGUGUCCUAGACGCCCAGCCCCAGGAGCUGAAUCAGGAGUGGGAGUCACUCAGUGCGAGCGAGCGGGCCUCGUCGUCACGCAAAAUGGAGAUCUUCGCUGCAAUGGUGGACCUGAUUGACAUGAACAUUCAGCGUGUCAUCGACCACCUAGCAUCGACGAACGAGCUUGACAAUACAUUCGUGCUCUUCAUGUCCGACAAUGGUGCCGAGGGCGCAAUGCUAGAAGCUCUGCCAGUCAUGGGCCCCUCGGGAACCCUAGCUUCCAUAAUCGACAAGUAUUACGACAAUUCACUCCCCAACAUGGGAAACGCGGACUCUUUUGUCUGGUACGGACCGGGAUGGGCAAGCGCGGCGAUGGCGCCCUCGAGAGGUUUCAAGACGUGGAUUACGGAAGGCGGCAUACGGUGUCCAUGUGUGGUGCGGCAUCCGCCAUUGUUUGGAACAAAGUCUGGAUCUGAGGCAGGGGUAGGGAAGCAGACGAACUCGUUUGCCACGGUCAUGGAUAUCUUCCCAACGAUGUUGGAACUGGCAGGUGUGAAUUUACCGGGGGCGUCGUUUCGAGGGAGGGAAGUGGUUCCUGUGCGAGGCUCCUCGUGGGUUCCGCAUCUGUCAGGUGAGAAGGCCGACUUCCAUGAGGGCGAAGAAGGCGAAGGUUAUAUCACGGGCUGGGAGCUGUUUGGACUGCGUGCCAUUCGCCAAGGGGCGUGGAAGGCAUUGUAUAUGGCUCCCCCGCGCGGCAAGGACCGAUGGGAAUUGUACAAUGUGGAACGGGAUCCUGGAGAGCUGGAGGACUGCACGGAGACGGAACCGGAGAUCCUGCAGAGGUUGAUUGAGCACUGGGAGGUCUAUUAUGCGGAGACUGGGAUGUUUGAUCCUGGCCAGGAGUUUCCGAUUACGAAAUGCUGA